AGGACCGUUUACGGAAGUACGCGUUCUUCGCCGACGAUGAAGAAGAAGCCGAAAAGGUGUUUUCUUUGCCUGCUAGGAUAGCUAACUGGCUAGUAUAUUUCUUGGAUAAGUCAUUCCUUCCCUUUCUCUUCAUAAAAAUACGAAGCAAUAAGUUCUUUGGAGGUGAAAUAUGGAACCCCCAUUUCCUCUGCUCUCCCUGGGUGUCCUGGUCCCUCCUCUCCGGAUGAUGUCAGCACUCAUGUGGCAGGUGGUGCGCCUGGGCAACAUAAGUCAGUAUGGGAAAUUGGAGGAGUUUGUUUCCAUGGUCACAGAGGCGGUUCCAGAUCUCCUGUCCAACAGACAGAGGUGGCUGCUGACCCUGGCACUCAGAGGACGGGUGAGUCUACAGCUAUUAGGGUCUGGACAUCCUGAUGACCUCAAGGCUGUUCAAACCCACCUGGAUAGAAUCACAGCAUCUGGUCUCAAACAGUCAAACGAUGCCGCAAUUGAAUUUGCUGAAUCCAACUUCCUGAAGCUGAUCCAGAGCCUCGUGGAAGACCCAGAUAGGAGGGAACACUUCUUCAAGGUUGUGUUCCCCGUGGAGUAUGGACCGAGCUUUGACUCGGCGCUGCAGACUCUGGUGUGUCAUUUGCUGUCCAGACUGGAGGAGCUGCUGCCUGUCCCUGACUUCAAACAGACUGCUCUGUUGAUCAGUGGUGCCCCAUCUGUCCUGAAGGACUUCAUGAGCAGUGUCUCCCAUGCAGAGGAUCUGAAGUCCCUGCUACAGAACCCACAGUGCCACGGGAAACUCAAGCUGCCCAAGAGCGCUCCUUCACAGAUAGAGGACCAUCUCCUCUGCUCCUUAUCCCUUCCUCCCUCACUGAGACUGGGCAAUGCCUCGCACCACAGCGCCAGCGAAUCCAAAGCCUUCCCUGACUGUGAGAACCCGCCCCUGCAGGUCAGAGAUAACCAGGGGACUAUGACUGACAAUUUGAGUGGCCAAUGGGCUGAGUCCAAAACAAGUAUAGAUCAAAACAUGAUUGGAACAGAUUCAGUAGAAAACCAAGGAGGUUCUCAACGAACGAACAACCAGAAGGACGUGAAGGAGAAAGAUGUGGAAAGACAAAGUGCAGGAAGGAAAGCAGUAGACACGGAGCACCAAUACUGCCUGAGCACCAAUACUGCUCCUCAAACUGCUGACCAAAACACGGCACCAUCAGCCAGCCAACAAGCUGCCUCAGCCUCCACCUCAGUCUCUGCCCAGGACACCACCUCAACAUCCACCUCGAGCACCCUGUCGUCCUCGUCCGGGGUGUCACCGGAGCAGCCGCGGCAGCGCGUGGCCCACAGGUGUCCACAGUGCGGCCGUUGUUUCAUUUACCGCUAUAAGAUGCUGGAGCACCAGAGACUCCACACGGGGGAGAACCCUUACAAGUGUUCCCAGUGUGGUAAGACCUUCAGAAGGUCCUCGGAGAUGUCCACCCACCGCCGAACGCAGUGCUCCAACGCUGCCUAUGUCUGUAUUAAAUGCGGAAGCAGUUUUGGGUCGGUCAGAGAGCGGGUCAGUCACCGGUGUUGUGGUAGCAAAGCAGCGGCGGCGCAGAAGUUUGAAUGUCCACAGUGUGGGAAGAACUUCAAGUGGCACAACUCGUUAAAGAAACACCUGGUAACCCACACCAGGAAGAAGGGCUUCAAUUGCAGGUACUGUGGUGAGGGGCCGUUCCCAGGUAUCGCUGAGCUGAGGACCCACCAGAAGGUCCAUGAUGGAGAAGAGAAGCCCUACAAGUGUGAACAGUGUGGAAAGGGCUUCAGCUCCCAGGGCUGGCUCCAUGGCCACGAGCAGCGCCACUCCCAAGAGAGGUCCAAGAUCUGCCCCAGCUGUGGAAAGGCCUUCCGGUGUAAAGGAGACCUGAAGCUCCACAUGCGGACUCACACCGGCGAGAGGCCGUACCAGUGUACCUACUGCACCAAGCGGUUCUCUGUCAACGGAAACCUGACGAUACACAUCAGGACUCACACAGGGGAGAAACCUUUCCUCUGCUCUGACUGCGGCAAGGCCUUCUGCUCCGCAGGAGAGCUGCAGAUCCACAGGAGGACACACACUGGGGAGAGACCGUACAAAUGCACCGUCUGCGAGAAAGGCUUCACCAUGGCCAGUCAGGUGACUCUUCACAUGCGGGUACACACGGGGGAACGACCCUACGUGUGUCAUGAGUGUGGAAAGGCAUUUCGUCGCGGUGCGGAGCUGAAGACACACAUCCUGAAUCACAGUGGGGUGAGACCGUACCCCUGUCGUCUCUGUUCCAAGACCUACACCUGCCUUAGUCACCUGAAGAGACAUUUGAAGACUCACGGGGACCAGUCGGUGGAUAUGAGCAGUGAGUUGUCUGUAUCUGCUGUAUAAUAAACCACUUGAAAAGAAAACACCUUUUAACACAGUUUUGUCAAUAUAAAAAGGUGCAUAUUUCAUUAACUCUAACCCUAACCCUAACCCUUAUAUUAAGAGGUAGUUGACUGAACUCCGUAAGGAUCAUCGCCAUGUUUGCUUAUUGCUACUAUCAGGACUAAGACUGUUGCUUCUAGAACAAGACGAGUGUUGCUUCUAGAACAAGACGAGUGUUGCUUCUAGAACAAGACGAGUGUUGCUUCUAGAACAAGACGAGUGUUGCUUCUAGAACAAGACGAGUGUUGCUUCUAGAACAAGACGAGUGUUGCUUCUAGAACAAGACGAGUGUUGCUUCUAGAACAAGACGAGUGUUGCUUCUAGAACAAGACGAGUGUUGCUUCUAGAACAAGACGAGUGUUGCUUCUAGAACAAGAUGAGACAUUUUUCUUUGUUGCAGUUCUAGGUGUUUUUAUAAUAAUUUUGAUCAUGUCUUAGAUUGAGGCUUUUGGAUGGUUGCAGUAGCUAGUGUUUCUGUUCAUCUCACAUGUGUUGGUUCUGUUUACUUAACAAAUAAGGAACACUCAAAAUGUGUGCACUUAUAAAUCGUAACAAUUUUAAUCAAAAAUAAAUCUGUAGACAGAAGUCAAAGAUCACACAUACAACUGAUGUCUCUCAUGAGUUCUGCCCCGUAGGAAAAGUCCAAGUUGCUUUUGUCAUGCUUGUAGUCAACCCCCUGUGAUGUCACUGCAUACGUCAUUACCUGCUACUCAUCAGACCAAGGCCAUGCAUACACAGCAAAACAAACUUGCAAGAGAGAUACAAUAGUUCCAGUGUUUUCUCAGGCCUCAGCAGUUAAAUGUCCCCAAGUUGAUUUAUAGAGGUCUGUCUGACUCUUAUCUCUUCUACUUCCCUGAAAAGACUUUGGAACAAUUUUAAAAUGUUAUAACGAAUAUAUAAAUAUUGUCCAUCUGUAGUCUAGGAUCCUAUAAAUGUAGAGGAGGUGGGGUCCAAUAACCCCUCCCCUUCUAUUAAUGCAACAUAAGUAUAAUCAAUUAUUAUAAUACAUCAAUCAUUUGGUGCAGCCCCUAUCAUGACCCCAAUUUGACCCCAUCACAUGCCAAAUGAAUCCAUGUCUGUUCAUCUCAGAUGCCAAGUUAAUCAGCAAUGGAAAGUGUUUUGUUGACGAACGGAACUCUUAGUUGUGAGGAGACACAUGAAGGUCUCUCCCAACCCACCUUAAUUAGAGGGUAUGCAAUCAUGUUUGACCCUGUUUUUCCAAUAACCACAUUUUCUGCAGAAAAAAUAACUCACUUAAACUCAAUUUCACACUGACUUGAUCUUUGGUCAAAAUGUUACAAAGAAAGGACGAAUGAUUGUUUUGAAUAUGUUAAUUGAAAUGAAAAUAUUAAAUGAUUUCUUGACUA